AUGACAACAACAGCACAAUUGCCAUAUUCGAAUAUGACUAUGGCACCUAUUCAUGUCAUAAUUAAUACCGAUCCACUUCAACAAAUGAAAGAUUUUGUUAAACCGUUCAAUGGCAAUCCAAAUGAUGAUGUUACUAAAUGGAUCGAAAGUAUUGUUCAUUAUUUUGACAUUGCACAAAUAUCGGGUGAUAAAGAAACAUUAUUUUUCCAAUAUGCUCCAGCAUUUUUGAAAGAAUAUGCGUAUAAGUGGUGGGCAGAUCAAAAGCAUUACAUAUUUAGUUGGUCAAUAUUCAAGCAGGCAUUGAUAACACAAUUUGCUGAAAAGA